UCUUCGCACCCUCGAUGGACAUUCUCACUGUGGUCUCUAUCUGCCUUGCUUGUAGCGUCAUCUUGUAUGCCUUCUAUAAACGGAUCACCAGGAGAAUUUUGCUAAGCGAGGUUCCUGGACCUGAACCGGGAUCAUUUUGGUUAGGCAACCUCCCCCAAGUGCUUCAAAGUGAAGUUGGCGAGGUAGACUGGCGAUGGCAGGAGCAAUUCGGCGGAAUUGUACACAUGAAGGGUUCUUUCGGUGAUGAUCGUCUUUGGGUUUCCGAUCCGAAGGCUUUGCAGUAUAUAUAUCAGACGUCAGGCUACAAUUUCCCUAAACAGCCUGAACGCCGCGUUCUCAGCCGUCUGCUGUCUGGCGAAGGUAUCUUAUGGGCAGAUGGGGAGGUUCAUAAACGGCACAGGAAGGCCAUGCUACCAGCUUUUGGUCAAGCCGAAGCAAGAGCUCUAGUGCCCAUCUUUAAUCGCUGUGCUGCAGCAAUAACCCAAAAAUGGAGAGAUCGUUUGUUAGAUACGCCUGAAGGAAGUGUUGAUUUGAAUGUGGCGCUGUGGUUGAGUAGUGCUGCAUUGGACGCUAUCGGCGAAGCUGGGUUCGAUUACAAAUUUGGAUGUUUGGACGAUCUUGACAAUGAUCUCCUGCGCGGUUACCGUAAACUCAUGACACAAGGCGCACCGCCGCCGUCUGAUGGUAGAAUCCUCUUUUUGGAGAUCUCACAUUACAUUCCUAUGUGGAUACUGGACUUCAUUUACGACCAUUUUCCCUCACCCUCGUUACAAGUUCUUCGAGAUCAUCGAGUAGUUGCCCGGAAGGUCGCACAAGAACUUAUCGAUGCACAGUCGGACACAGAUCCGGCAGAGACGAACGGUAACAAAGAUGUCAUGAGCAUACUUAUUCGGGCAAACAAAUCCCUCAAUGAAAAGAUGCGGCUGACUGACGAUGAGAUAAUUGACCAGAUGAGAGUCAUUCUUCUUGCUGGCCACGAGACCACAGGCAAUACUCUCGCAUGGGCUCUAAUGGAACUUGCAAAGAAUCCUUCUAUACAAAAUCGUCUUCGUUCUGAGGUGCAUUCUAUGCAAGCUGCUAUACAUGCUCGAGGAGAUAGGGAGUUGACAGCGUCGGAUUUUGAGUCGAUGCCCUAUACCACUGCAGUCGUGAAGGAGGUUCUACGAAUGUACCCAGCUUCAUUUCAUCAACAUCGUCAGGCUGCUAAUAAUGACGUGCUGCCGGUAUCAAAACCAAUAACCCUCAAGUCUGGCCGCAUCGUGUCUGAAAUUCCGAUUCCAAGGGGCACGAAAGUGCUUUUAUCUGUUACCGCUUACAACCGGAAUAAGGACGUGUGGGGAGAAGACGCACAUGUUUUCAAUCCUGAUAGAUGGUUAGAUGAUGACACCACAAAGCGAGCAACGAAUGCGGGUGUGUAUAGCAACCUGUUAACUUUCGCUGGCGGUGUCCGAGGUUGUAUUGGAUGGCGGUUUGCGCUUAACGAACUUCACGCAUUCCUCGCCGAGCUAGUUGCCAACUUUGAGUUUGCACGCACCCCGGAGCUUGACCGAUUACACAAGGUGGCGUGCCUUGCAAUGACCCCUAACCUAGACGGAGACCUGAGCAAAGGUGCCCAGAUGCCAUUGAGAGUAUCCUUAGCUUCCCGUGAAUAAAGUUUUACUAAAGCCACUUAUAGUCUGUACAUUACAACAUGAUGAUUUCACGAGCCUAAACGACCACCUAGCAGUUUGAUG